AUGACGCAGGUGGUAAGGUUACCUUCAUCGCCGAGAGCAAACGACAGCGGCGCUCUGGAACAGCGACGGCAGCAGCUGGCUCGGUGCCGGGCGUGCAGCUUCCUCAUGGUGGGGCAGGUGUCCUGCUGCCCCAACAGUCACGCCACCUGCUGCUCACAGGGUGGCAAGUGCCGGGUCUGCGGUGAGCCGCUGCUGCCGCCCUCCACCUACACACUGAACCUGCAACAGCUGGCAGCUGCAGAGCCUGUGGUGCAGUGCGCCCAGCCCGGCUGUCCCGAGCGCGCGCCGUUACCACAGAUGGCCGCGCAUGAGCGCAUCUGCGCGCACCGCCCGAUGCGCUGCCUCGUCGAGCCGGACACCUGUUCGUGGCAUGGCCGGCGCGCCGACCUGGAGGCGCACACCCAGGCCCAACAUCCGAACCACUUCGUGCGCUUCCCCAGCACAGCCGGCGCCAGCGUCUCGUGGCGCAUCUCCAAGCAGGGCUGCUGUGUCGAUCUGACGCGCCACCUCGUCAUGGCACUGGGCGAGACAUUCGUCUACCAGAAGGAAUUCUGCUACCCAGAGCGCCAGCUGUACAUUGCUGUGCAGCUGGUGGGCCCACCCGAACGCAGCAUGCGCUUCCGAUACAAGUUCGAGCUUACCCGCAAUGAGGCGGCCCACUCUGUGACUUUUGAGCGAGCCGUCCAUUCGGAGGACGAAGACUUAAAGCGGGCUGCUGGCCUUGGAGACUGCAUCAAGGUCCCAUACGACACCAUUACACAGUUCUGUCAUGGCGAGAGGGUGGUCGUGCUGUGCAAAGCCAAAUACCCAUAUAAACAUGAACUGCCAAUUACACAUUUGUAG